CCCCAAAACCCCAAGUUAGGUGUCCGAUGUUGAAAAUAUUUAACAAACAGGGUUGAUUUUAGGGGACUGGGUGGGAAAAUGGGUGACAGAGACUGGUUUUUUGGAAGGCAGAGCAUUGAGAAAGUUGUAGAAGGGGGAAAGGAUAAUAGUAUGGGAAAAUGAAGAUAUUUGGUUGAAUUUAAAAGAAAAGCAUUCAUAUGUUUUCAUUAUCAAAAAAUGAUAAAAAUAUGAAUUUCAUUUACUCAUUAA